AUGACUCAGUCCGCCGCCCCAGCAAUCAAGAGCAUCUUUGGAAACGACCCUUUCUUCAGUCAGGAGAGGAUGGUCUUCCCCCCCAUGCACCACCAGGCCCUCUCCGGCAUCCAGGAGGACUUCUUUCAGAGGAGGUCAAACCUGGCCAGUGAUCUCCUCAAGGAGCUCCACGAUGGGUUCCCCAGUAUGCACCAGCUGCACGAGAGGGCCCACCUCCGAAUGGGCUCCCCAUUCCUGGAAAGGAGGAUCACAGGAGUUCCAGCAGCAGCACAGAGCCAGGGCCUCAGCACGGAGGUGGCUGAGACAGGCCGGAGCCACAGCCCCCUGGCCCUGAGCCUAAACGCCCAGGGCUUCAACCCAGAAGACAUCACAGUCAAGCUGGACGGACGGAGGCUAGCCGUGGUGGCCAUGAAACAGGCCAAAGCAGAAGAGGCUAAAUCCACCUCCUCUGCCACCUCUUCCUGCUCCUUCUCCUCCUCCUCGUCCCAACAGAAAGGCUUUGUCCAGAAGAUUGACCUGCCUGCCCACCUUGACCUGACAGCCUUGACCUGCUCUCUGGGAGAAGAUGGACAGCUGAGGAUCGAAGCCCCCACAGCUGCCCCCCAGCUGGACGCCCCUAUAGAGGAGCAGGAGGUCCCCCUCUGCUUCAGAACCUCCCUGGACGUACCCAUCACCAAGAGCAACAUGGAAGAGUCCAUAACAGUGAAGACCUCAAAACCUUGA